UUUGAUUGAUUGAUUGAUAAUAUCAGCCGGCUAUCAUUAUACCCAGUCAAUCAUUGACUACAUUGAUUCCAUCCAUCACUUCAUUUUAAGUCUCCCUUAUUCUUCCUUGAUACUUAUACAAUCUAACACACACACACACACACACACAAUAUCUAUAUCUAUAUCUAUAUAGAGGCAGAUAGAUAAAACAAAAGACAGUAAAAAGCGGUAAUCUUGAGAAUUUUGAGUUUGAUUAUUAUAUUUUCUGUUUUUAGUUUUGUAUGUUGUAUUGAAUCUCUAAUCAGGAUAGAAUCUAGGGUUUCUAUAUGUGUAAAGUAAGUUGAAAUUAGGGUUUUUGAUUGAAAUUUAAGUAAUUUAAAGGUUUCAAAUUUAUGAGAAAUGGAUGUGGAUUCGACAAUGGUGUCGUCUCCGGAUGCUGCCGAUAACGGUGUCGAGAGUAAUGGCGUUGGGCGGCCGGAAGAGGGGGUAGAUGGUAGUAGGGUUGUUGCAGAGGAUGGUGGAGAAGUUCAGCAGACUAGUGGUAGUGUAGGGGGAGGUCCGAGGCUUGCGCCUAAUUAUACUGUGGUGAAUGCUAUACUAGAAAAGAAGGAAGAUGGUCCUGGACCGAGGUGUGGGCAUACUUUGACAGCGGUGGCGGCUGUUGGAGAGGAAGGAACGCCGAGUUAUAUUGGACCGAGGUUGAUAUUGUUUGGUGGUGCAACGGCUCUAGAGGGAAACUCUGCGAAUGCUGGGACUGGAACUCCGACUUCUGCAGGAGGUGCCGGAAUACGUUUGUCAGGUGCCACGGCUGACGUGCAUUGUUAUGAUGUAUUGACAAAUAAAUGGUCUAGAAUAACUCCCUUUGGAGAACCACCUACACCAAGGGCAGCUCAUGUGGCAACUGCUGUGGGUACAAUGGUGGUUAUUCAGGGUGGCAUUGGUCCAGCUGGUUUGUCUGCUGAGGAUCUUCAUGUUCUUGACCUUACACAACAACGGCCCCGAUGGCAUAGAGUGGUGGUCCAAGGCCCUGGCCCGGGCCCAAGAUACGGGCAUGUCAUGGCUUUAGUGGGGCAACGAUAUCUUAUGGCAAUUGGUGGAAAUGAUGGAAAGCGGCCUCUAGCUGAUGUAUGGGCCUUGGAUACGGCUGCCAAGCCAUACGAAUGGCGGAAGUUAGAGCCAGAAGGCGAAGGUCCACCACCAUGCAUGUAUGCCACCGCAAGUGCACGCUCUGAUGGUCUUCUAUUGCUCUGUGGGGGUCGGGAUGCAAACAGUGUGCCUCUGGCAAGUGCCUAUGGACUCGCAAAACAUAGAGAUGGUCGCUGGGAAUGGGCAAUUGCUCCUGGUGUCUCACCAUCUCCUCGUUAUCAACAUGCUGCGGUUUUUGUGAAUGCUCGGCUCCAUGUUUCUGGAGGGGCACUUGGUGGUGGACGAAUGGUUGAAGACUCAUCCAGUGUAGCAGUUCUGGACACUGCAGCAGGAGUAUGGUGCGAUACAAAAUCAGUUGUCACCACUCCACGGACAGGUAGAUAUAGUGCCGAUGCUGCUGGUGGAGAUGCUGCUGUUGAAUUGACAAGACGUUGUAGGCAUGCUGCUGCGGCUUUUGGCGAUUUAAUAUUCAUUUAUGGUGGUUUACGUGGAGGGGUGUUGCUAGAUGAUCUUUUAGUUUCUGAAGAUCUUGCUGCAGCUGAAAUGACCUCUGCAGCAUCACAUGCAGCAGCAGCUGCUGCUUUAUCUAAUGCACAGGCAGGAAAGUUACCAGGAGCGUACGGUUUUGUUGAUGAUAGAACAAGACAGGAGACUGAAGCAGCUCCUGAUGGUUCUGUUGUACUUGGAAAUCCUGUAGCUCCUCCAGUUAAUGGUGACAUGUAUACAGAUAUCAGCACCGAAAAUGCCAUGAUUCAAGGCUCACGGCGAUUAAGCAAAGGAGUUGAAUACUUGGUGGAGGCUUCAGCAGCAGAAGCCGAGGCUAUUACUGCAGCCUUGGCUGCUGCGAAAGCACGCCAGUCAAAUGGAGAAGUCGAACUACCAGAUAGGGAUCGCGGCGCAGAGGCUACUCCUAGUGGGAAACAAAUUUCCUCUUUGAUUAAACCGGAUCCUGAUGCUGUAAUUAACUCUGCUCCCACUGGAGUUCGAUUGCAUCACCGAGCUGUAGUAAUAGCUGCAGAGACUGGUGGAGCUUUAGGUGGUAUGGUCAGACAGCUUUCUAUAGAUCAAUUUGAAAAUGAAGGGAGGCGCGUUAGCUACGGAACUCCAGAAAAUGCGACCGCAGCAAGGAAACUUUUAGAUCGACAAAUGUCAAUUAACAGUGUGCCCAAAAAGGUAAUAACUCACCUAUUGAAGCCUCGUGGGUGGAAGCCUCCUGUUCGUCGACAGUUCUUUCUCGAUUGCAAUGAGAUAGCUGAUCUUUGUGAUUGUUCUGAAAGAAUAUUUUCAAGUGAACCUAGUGUUCUACAACUCAGGGCCCCUAUAAAGAUAUUUGGUGAUUUGCAUGGGCAAUUUGGAGACCUCAUGCGACUUUUUGAUGAGUAUGGCUCCCCAUCAACGGCUGGAGACAUAGCAUAUAUCGAUUAUCUUUUCUUAGGAGAUUAUGUUGAUCGAGGACAACAUAGUUUGGAAACUAUUUGUCUUCUUUUAGCUUUAAAGGUGGAGUAUCCACAAAAUGUACAUUUAAUUCGAGGGAAUCAUGAAGCUGCUGAUAUAAAUGCACUAUUUGGCUUCCGAAUUGAGUGCAUCGAGCGCAUGGGGGAGAGAGAUGGAAUUUGGGUAUGGCACCGGAUAAACAAAUUAUUCAAUUGGUUGCCAUUGGCAGCUCUAAUUGAAAAAAAAAUCAUCUGUAUGCAUGGUGGGAUUGGAAGGUCAAUUAACCAUAUUGAGCAGAUCGAAAAUCUUCAACGACCAAUUACAAUGGAAGCUGGUUCAAUAGUUCUUAUGGAUUUGCUUUGGUCCGACCCAACAGAAAACGAUAGUGUGGAAGGACUAAGACCAAAUGCCAGGGGUCCUGGGUUGGUUACUUUUGGGCCUGAUCGCGUGAUGGAGUUCUGCGAAAACAAUGAUCUUCAACUGAUUGUACGUGCACAUGAAUGCGUUAUGGAUGGCUUUGAGCGGUUUGCCCAAGGACAUUUAAUCACUCUUUUCUCAGCCACCAAUUAUUGUGGGACUGCAAAUAACGCAGGUGCAAUAUUGGUAUUGGGUAGAGAUCUUGUAGUGGUUCCAAAACUCAUUCAUCCACUCCCACCUGCACUUUCAUCCCCUGAAACUUCACCUGAACGACAUAUAGAAGAUACAUGGAUGCAGGAGCUCAAUGCAAACAGGCCACCAACACCAACUAGGGGGCGUCCACAAGUUACUAAUGAUCGAGGCUCUCUUGCAUGGAUGUAGGCUGCUUUUAUUAUCAUGCUGCUUACUCCUUGCUAUGAUUCAGACACGUGGUGCGCUUCCUUGGUCCACAUAAUUAUUAAAUUGUUUUGGCACCUCACGGGAGACCGUUCUUGAGAUAUCCAACCUUUGUACAUUGUGAUUGACCGAAGAUAGUUAAGCUUAUGGUUAUCAGUUAGCGGCGGGUAGUGCUGGUGUUUUUGUGGUUAGUUUUACAUGAAUUUUGAUGAUGUAAUAGGUUUCAUGUAAUAUUGGUUUUGUUAUUUAUAUAUAUAUAUUUUUUCUCAAAAUUAGAAUGAGUCAUACUAAAAAAAGAAGAGAAGUAAUGGUUUGAAUCAUAGAGAGCACAUGAGGCGAUGGAUUUGUGUAAGUUGUGUUUUGUGGUUUUGGUUGGACAAUGUAACAUUCGUGUGAAGAUAACGAACACUUUGAUGAAAAAGCAAUUUGAUGGAUAACUUCCGUUCAUUCAACAAACAAUUGUUACCUGUUA